UUUCUUGCUUCCUCAAUGCAGAGUUGCGAGUUAGCUGUCGGCUUGGAGGCGAUGUAAUCGAAGUUAUGGCGCCUUCUUUUUUAAGACUUCUACUGCGAUCUCAGUGAGGAGAAGUUAGGCAAGAGAUAGAAGGCGAAGCGGCCGGGGCUCCUGUCGGCGAUUCCUAGGCUAUCAUUCUCUCUCUUACUUCUGUGGCAUAUUGAGCAUGGAUCAGGUAAUGGCGAUUCGAUCCGUAGGCAGCUCGUCCGUAUUGAGCGCUCGUUCUGCAUUCGGCGGACGGAAGGGCACCCUUGAUGAGCUCAGACCUUCUAAGCUAGCUGUGAAGUUAUAUCAGGAGAAGAAUCGGAGCAAGAGAGUCCGCGCAUCGCCGGUUGUUACUGUGGCCAACAGGUUAUCUCCGAGUGAGACGAGUGUUCUUCCCGUUUCACCGGAAGAUGCGCCGAAGGCGGCAGAGAUGGUUCAACAACUUGAAAACAUUCAGAAACUUGGGGAAUUAUCAGCAGGAGUGUGGUCGAAGCCAAAUGUCAGGCGGAAGACAAAAAUCGUUUGCACCAUUGGCCCAUCAACAAAUACUAAGGAGAUGAUAUGGAAGCUAGCUGAGACUGGUAUGAAUGUUGCUCGCCUUAAUAUGUCUCAUGGAGACCAUGCUUCUCACCAGAAAGUAAUUGAUCUGGUGAAGGAGUACAAUGCACAGAACAGUGAAAAUGUGAUUGCCAUUAUGCUCGAUACAAAGGGCCCAGAAGUUAGAAGUGGUGACUUGCCGCAACCAAUAUACCUGCAAAGUGGCCAAGAGUUCACUUUUACGAUAAAAAGAGGAGUUGGCAAUGAAAGCUGCGUUAGUGUCAACUAUGAUGACUUUGUUAAUGAUGUAGAUGCUGGUGACAUGCUUUUAGUAGAUGGAGGAAUGAUGUCAUUGCUGGUUAAAUCUAAAACUGAAGAUUCUGUCAAAUGUGAAGUUGUUGAUGGAGGUGAACUAAAGUCUAGGCGACAUCUUAAUGUUCGGGGUAAAAGUGCAACUCUUCCAUCUAUCACAGAUAAGGACUGGGAUGACAUCAAGUUUGGAGUUGACAACAAAAUAGAUUACUAUGCGGUGUCCUUUGUCAAAGAUGCAAAAGUUGUGCAUGAGUUGAAGGAUUAUCUGCAAAAAAGUGGUGCUGAUAUUCAUGUAAUUGUAAAAAUUGAAAGUGCUGAUUCAAUCCCAAAUCUUUAUUCUAUACUCUCUGCAUCUGAUGGGGCUAUGGUUGCAAGGGGAGAUCUUGGAGCUGAACUUCCUAUCGAAGAGGUUCCUAUUUUGCAGGAAGAGAUUAUUAGAAUUUGCCGAAGUAUGGGAAAAGCUGUUAUUGUGGCAACGAACAUGCUGGAGAGUAUGAUUGUUCAUCCAACGCCUACACGGGCUGAAGUAUCGGACAUUGCCAUUGCAGUUCGUGAAGGUUCUGAUGCUGUGAUGCUCUCUGGAGAAACUGCUCAUGGAAAAUACCCACUGAAAGCAGUGAAGGUCAUGCAUACAGUAGCUUUAAGGACUGAAGCAACUAUAGUUGGAGGUGAAAAACCAACUAAUCUUGGGCAGGCUUUCAAGAAUCACACAAGUGAAAUGUUUGCUUACCAUGCAACUAUAAUGUCAAAUACUCUUGGAACAUCAAUUGUUGUCUUCACAAGAAGUGGAUUUAUGGCAAUUCUAUUGAGCCAUUAUCGGCCUUGCGGCACCAUAUUUGCUUUCACUGAUCAGGAGAGAGUGAGACAGAGAUUGGCCUUGUACCAAGGGAUUUGCCCUAUAUAUUUGCAAUUUUCAGAAGAUGCUGAGAAGACAUUCACAGAGGCCCUUUCUUACUUGCAGAAACAAGGAAUGGUCAAGGAGGGUGAGCAGGUUGCUCUUGUUCAGAGCGGUAGAAAACCCAUAUGGAGAUCACAGUCCACGCAUAAUAUCCAGAUCCGGAAGGUUUAGCUUAUGAAGUUAAGCUUUUGAAACCUUUAUCUUCAAAGAACACGGCUAUUUCUGAACUGUCUGGAAAACAGCCUUCUUUCCUGAUUUAUCUUUAUUUUAUUGAACUUUAUUAUGUAAUAAUAUGCUUGCGGUGAUAGUUUGCAGCUUUUUUCAGUGACUCGAAGGCUGUUUCUAUGUGUUGUAGUUUUUGAAAUUUUAUCAGCGUUAUCAGUUUUCUUCAGUA